GUGAUCUCCCUCGAUCUCCGCUCGAAGCUGCCGGAGGGGAAGAAGCUGAACGGCCACGAGGCGGAAGGCAGGAGCGAGGAGGAGGAGGAGGAGGAGCUCCGCUACACCCAUAUGCUCAACAGGGUGCUCCCACCCGACAUCCGGGCGCUGGCCUGGGCCCCCGUGGAGCCUGGUUUCAGCGCCAGGUUCAGCUGCCUCCGCAGGACCUACCGCUACUUCUUCCCCUGCGCCGACCUGGACGUGGCCCUCAUGCACGCCGCCGCCCAGAGGUACGUGGGCACCCACGACUUCCGGAACCUGUGUAAAAUGGACGUGGCCAACGGGGUGGUCAACUUCCAGAGAACCAUCCUCAGCGCCGGAGUGACGUGGGUGGAGAGAGGGGGAGAAACGGAGCGGCGGGAUCCCUUCCGCCUGUGCCAGUUCGAAGUGACGGGACAGGCGUUCCUCUAUCACCAAGUCCGCUGCAUGAUGGCCAUCCUCUUCCUCAUCGGGCAGAGGAUGGAGAGGCCAGAGAUCAUCAACGAGCUGCUGGAUGUGGAGAAGAACCCCCAGAAACCGCAGUACAGCAUGGCAGUGGAGUUUCCCCUCGUCCUGUACGACUGCGAGUUCGAGAACCUUGAGUGGCUCUACGACCGAGAAGUGCAGGAGUUCAACGUGACCCACCUGCAGCAGCUCUGGGCCAACCACGCCGUCAAAACUCAUGUGCUACGUGACAUGUUACAAGGAUUAGAUGCUGCUCCCGUGGCUACUGGGAAAA